GGUGGGACGAGAAGCGCGGCGGUAGGUGCAGCUGACGAGGUUGCCGCUGAUGAGGGGGCCAUAUACAUAUACAUACGGAGCCGCACGUUGAUGUUGUCCGGAAGAACAGUGAUUUGGAAAAGCGCUAUAUUUACCCAGCGAUUCGCGAAACAAAACAAAAAAAAUUGUAUUCUCACAAUAGCGGUCUACAACAGCGGCGGAUCCGGCGAGCGGGAGAACUGUAACGAUCGAAAAAAUGGCUGUGCCAACGGAGAACGUCAUAAAUACGAAUCUCGAUGAUCCGGUAACGAAGGCGGUGGUCGAUAAUAUAAUGGGGAACCUGCCAACGAAGAAGCCUCUUGUACGAUGCGAAGACUGCGACCUUUCGUUCACGAGCCAGGCGGUGUUAGAUACGCACUUACAAGGCGCACGUCAUGCUAAACAGGUAAGGUCUAAGAAUAUAAUGGCAACCCUUGAGGAAACAAAGAUCUCAUUUACCAAGGAUGAGGAGACGAAUGGGCUCAAGUGCAACGUAUGUAAUGUGUGCCUGAACUCUAUUCAGCAGUUACAGACACAUCUCAAUGGGAGCCGCCAUAAAAAGAAAUUAAUGAGAGGUGAAUGGGAUGGCAAAGAGGUUGUCACCCAAGGUGCCUCAUUGAAAUCAACUGGUAGUGCGCAACAAUCUUCUCCCAAACUAAGGAUUCCCAAAACGGAUUUGCUUACCUGCGAUAUAUGUAACAAGUUCUUCAACUCGCGAUCUCAAUACAAUGUGCAUAUGAGUUCGGAGAAACAUGCUGACAAAGUGAAGAGAUCUAAGGAUCCAUAUAAAGGAUUUCCAUAUCCAUAUCGGAAAAAACCAAAACGAAAUUUGUCUCCCAAAGAACAGAUACCGUCUUUGUCAAACAGUUUUGUAUCAGGUUUUACAUAUCAACCAUAAGUUACAUAAUUUGCACAUUUUAUUUUGAAUUACAUAUUACAAAAGUGUUUCAAAUAUCCUAUUAACUAAUAAACACAUAUGAUUAUAUAAA